GAGCAGCUAAAGAGAUAGCACUUCAUAAAGACCCUGCUUUAAGCUCGCAGAACCUUGGUGCUACUGCUUCAUUAAAGAUUGCUGUCCCUUGUCUGUUGCAAAGGAUCACAACACAACUUCAGAAGAUGCUGGUGUUGUGUGAUUUUCCAAAAAAUUUGUAUGAAAAGUUUGUUAAUUUUUUUCAGUCCAUCUCACUUCCAUGUCACUGUUUUGGCUUCUCCAAUAGCUUGAAUGUUGUGCCAUGGGACCACGUAUUACUGACCACGGUUUUAAAAGGCCAGAACAUCACUGGUCAAAGAACACAGAAAGGAAGGAAAGUAUAUCUGUGGGAAGCGUUCCCUGUUAUAGAGGCUCGAGUGGAGAAAUUGGUAGACAAAGAGAGCUAUAAAGAAGUUGUUCGCUACCUGAGAGCUGUGAAAUGCAACGAUACCAAAGGGUUGAGAGACCUUCGAGAUAGAAUCCCCUUCUAUUUGUGUAAAACUGGAGAUUUCCUGGAUGCCACGCAUUCGCUGCUGCUUCCCGUCAAUAGCCUUGCGUGCUGCACUGCCUGCCGCCUGACGCCCUUUCAGUUUGAGGUCUACCUGAAGAUGUUCAGAACAGGCAGCGUCCCUGCUGGAAAGGACAUGCUAGACUGUGGGCUCUGGAUUACAGUUGGGCCUCCCUUGAAGGAUGGUGUUCUGAUUAAGCAGGCGCUCAAACUCCUUUACAGCAAUGUGUUGCUAUACAGGAAUCCUAAAUGCUGGAGUUCCCUCAUCAUGAUCUUGGGUAGUAGCAGUUUGCUGGAAAAAAGCGGACACCUGCUUCCCCUGUCCCUGAAAGAGCCCCCGCUUGACUUCCAAAAGGGGGUGCUUGCUGCCAGUGGUGGCCUUCUGGAGGAACUGAAGGCAAAAAUGAAUGUUUAUUUACCACCUGCUAUUUUCUCUCCUCAUCUGCACCAUGAGGCUUGUCUUAUUCUCGCAGUGCAAGCAAUACAACAGAUGCUUUUUUAUGACCUUCCAUACUUGACUUCCUUCUUAGAGAUAGCCCUGGCUUUUGGGAAUAACUUCUGGGCUCUGCGGCUGUUGUUGGACCAUCUUUCCUAUGAAGAACAAGUUCUCCAUGGCACUGUCAACCUGAUUUUGAGAGAUUUAAGUCAUCAGAAAGCAACGAUGCUAAAGCUGUGGCAAAACCUUGGUCCCCAGUACGUGGGUGAAUUCCUUUGCCUGUUCCUGACAUGCAGACAUAAGAAGAUGCAAUCCAUUGGCCUCUUCGCUCUGAAUAUUAUUAGAGAGAACCUGCACGUGAAAGCCAGCGUCUGGCCCCGGAGGGUGAUGAACCUGCCUGGCUGCGGUCAGCAGCCCUGGUCGGAGUGCAUCGCCAUUGAUUUGGG